CUCGGCGCCCCGCCCUUCCCGGGCCCGCCCCCGGCUCCAUCUUGCCCGAGAUCAGUUUGGGACGAGACGCUGCUCCACCGGGUCAGAAUGUCGUACCCGGGCUAUCCCCCCACAGGCUACCCAGCUUUCCCUGGAUAUCCUCCUGCGGGUCAGGAGUCAUCUUUUCCUCCUCCUGGUCAGUAUUCUUAUCCUAGUGGCUUUCCUCCAGUGGGAGGAGGUGCCUACCCACCAACACCAAGUAGUGGCUACCCAGGAGCUGGAGGCUACCCAGGAGCUGGAGGCUACCCAGGAGCUGGAGGCUACCCUGCCCCUGGAGGCUAUCCCAGUGCCCCACAGCCAGGGGGAGCUCCAUCCUAUCCUGGAGGCCAAGGGUUUGGAGCCCCACCAAGUGGAGCAGGCUUUUCUGGCUAUCCACAGGCACCCUCACAGUCUUAUGGCGGGGGCCCAUCCCAGGUCCCACUACCUGGUGGUUUUCCUGGGGGACCGAUGCCUUCUCAGUACCCUGGAGGACAAUCUCCUUACCCUAGUCAGAUCAAUACAGAAUCCUUACCUUCCUAUCCUGUUUUCUCUCCUGUUUCUGUGGAUUAUAGCAGUGAACCUGCUUCGAUGACUCAGGGAACUCAAGGAACAAUCCAACCUGCUGCCAACUUCGAUGCCAUGAGAGAUGCAGAAAUUCUUCGUAAAGCAAUGAAGGGUUUUGGUACAGACGAACAGGCAAUUGUAGACGUUGUGGCCAAUCGUUCCAAUGAUCAAAGGCAAAAAAUUAAAGCAGCUUUUAAGACCAUGUAUGGCAAGGAUUUAAUCAAAGAUCUUAAGUCAGAGUUAAGUGGAAAUAUGGAAGAACUGAUCCUUGCCCUGUUCAUGCCACCUACGUAUUAUGAUGCCUGGAGUUUACAGAAUGCAAUGAAGGGAGUAGGAACUCAGGAACGUGUAUUGAUUGAAAUUUUAUGCACAAGAACAAAUCAGGAAAUCAGAGAAAUUGUCAGAUGUUAUCAAUCAGAAUUUGGACGAGACCUUGAAAAGGACAUUAGGUCAGAUACAUCAGGGCAUUUUGAACGUUUACUUGUAUCCAUGUGCCAGGGAAAUCGCGAUGAGAACCAGAAUGUUAACCACCAGCUGGCUCAGGAAGAUGCUCAGCGUCUCUAUCAGGCUGGUGAGGGGAAAUUAGGGACAGAUGAAUCUUGCUUUAACAUGAUUCUUGCCACAAGAAGCUUUCCUCAGCUGAAAGCUACCAUGGAGGCCUAUUGCAGGGUGGCUAAUCGAGAUUUGUUAAGCAGUGUCGGCCGUGAGUUUUCUGGAAGUGUUGAAAGUGGUUUGAAGACCAUCUUGCAGUGUGCCCUGAACCGCCCUGCCUUCUUCGCUGAGAGGCUGUACCAUUCUAUGAAAGGUGCCGGCACAGAUGACUCCACCCUGGUCAGGAUUGUGGUCACUCGAAGUGAGAUUGAUCUUGUACAAAUAAAACAGAUGUUCAGUCAGAUGUAUCAGAAGACUCUGAGCAAAAGGAUUGCAAGUGAUACGAGUGGAGAUUACCGAAGGCUUCUUCUGGCCAUUGUGGGCCAGUAGGAGAGAUUUUUUUAAAUGAGUGAAGCUAUUCAGAGCUUAUCCUUCAAAGCAAUGACUGACCUGCAUGCAGCAACAUCAAUCCUCACCUAACCAAAAGAGCUUUGUACUAAAGACUGUGUCAGGGUAUUGUGCUUGGUUUGCACAUGUGGUUAUUGCCUUAAUUCCAAUGUUAUUUUUUUCUCUAUAUACGAUCAAGUAAAGCCAUAUCACAAUGAUGAAGUAAUAAUGCAAUGUUUGUAAAGCAUAAUUCUCACUGCUCUUAUUCUAAAUAGGAUACCAAAUUGAAUAAAAGUCACAACAGUCUGUAAUUCUGUGUGAUAAUAUUGAAUAAAAAAUUCAAUAUUGAAUAAAUUUGAAUAAAUAUUGAAUUUAAAAAAAACCCUUGCCUUCCAUUGGACAGUUAUAGUUGGUAAUAUGUCAAAACUGUAUUAUUUUUUUAAAAAAUUCAGCUCUUUUGACCUAGAAGAGCAAUUUGCAUCUUACUUUACAUAAGUAUUUACAUAGGUAUUCUAUAUUCAUAAACACUAAACUUCCCACAUAGAAAAUAGUUUAGUAUUGCCUGUAAUAACUUUUAAAAGAGGGAUUAUGUGUUUAUGUGCAUAAAAUAUAUAGCCUACUUUUACGUCUACUGAGACUGCCUAGAGAUCUUUAUUGGCCCUUGAUUUUUUUUUAAAAUUUAUGAAAAAAAAGAAAAAAGAAAGAAAAAAAAUUUAUGAAAGACUUUAAUUUUAGUUGCAAUUUAAUCAUGAUUCAAGACAGUGAAGCUUGACACAUAAGAGGUGCUGAAUUAAUGAAUAAACGAGGCUUAAAUCAUCUUCCUGGGAGACUGAAUACUAGCUCUUUGGAGAAGUAGUUCAGGGAGUCAGUGAUUUCAAACCUGGCUUUAUUCCCAGUACUGAGCAAUUACUUAUCGAGUAUGUUGAGCAUUACAGUAGGUUAGGGAAAGUAUCAAUACAAAGGAAGGAGGUUUGUAAUCUAGUGGGGGGUUCUAAACAAAAAUUAGGAUACAAGGAAAUUGUAAAUGUUAGACUAUAAAUUCUGCUGAAGGUAAUAACCCUAUUUGUUCUUUGUGUUGAGCUCCCUGGUACAAAGCAGAUAUUUAAUACAGAUCUGGUGAAUGAUUGUACUAAAAAUUGAGGGGGAGAAUAGUAAUUAUCAAUUAUAUUUCGAUAAACAUUUGUUUUGUGUAAGUACCAAGGGACAUACAUACAAGGUGGUAUAAGACACAACUUUACUCUUAGAGAGAUAGACCUAUGUACAACUGUAGCGCAGGGCAAAAGCAAGAUACAUAGGCAGAAGGAUCACUGGCUAAGAUAGAUUUUUUUUUUGCAGUACGCGGGCCUCUCACUGUUGUGGCCUCUCCCGUUGCGGACCACAGGCUCUGGACGCGCAGGAUCAGCGGCCAUGGCUCACGGGCCUAGCCGCUCCACGGCAUGUGGGAUCUUCCCGGACAGGGGCACGAACCCGUGUCCCCUGCAUCAGCAGGCGGACUCUCAACCACUGCGCCACCAGGGAUGCCCUAAGAUAGAUUUUUGAUAUAGGUUUUGGAAAAGUAAGUAACAGUGAUGGGAUUUGGUAAAGGUGAGAAAGAGGGGUAUAAGGUACUAGGGAAAGAUAUGAGCUAUAUAUUUUUAAACUUAAAAAUUGAGGGCUUCCCUGGUGGUGCAGUGGUUAAGAGUCCGCCUGCCAAUUCAGGGGACGCAGGUUCAAGCCACGGUCCCUGAGGAUCCCGCGUGCCGUGGAGCAGCUCGGCCUGUGCGCCACAGCUGCUGAGCCUGUGCUCUAGAGCCCUCGAGCCACAGGUGCUGAGCCCAUGUGCCACAACUGCUGAAGUCUACACGCCUGGAGCCCAUGUUCCGCAGCAGUAGAGGCCACCUUAAUGGGAGGCCUGCGCACCGCAGUGAGGAGUAGACCCUGCUCGCUGCAAAUAGAAAGAAAGCCCGCACACAGCAGUGAAGACCCAGCACAGACAUAACUAAUUAAUUAUUUUUUAAAAUUGAGAUAUAAUUCAUAUACGAUUCAUCCUUUUAAAGUGUACAAUUCAGUCGUUUUUAGGAUAUUCAUGCAUUUGUGCAACAAUCACCACAAUCAAUUUUUGAACAUUUUCCUCACCCAAAAAGAAAACUUAUACCCAUUGGCAGUCAUUCCCCCUUUCCCCUCCUCCUGCCCAGCCCCUGGGAAUCACUAAUCUACUUUCUGUCUCUCUGGAUUUCCCUAUUGGGGCUUUUCAUAUGAAUGGAAUCAUACAAUGCGUUGCCCUUUGUGUCUGGCUUCUUUGAAUUAGCAUACUGUUUUUAAGAUUCACCUGUGUAGUAGCGUGAAUCAAUACUUCAUUCUGAUUUGUGGCUGGAUAAUCCAUUGUUGGAUAUACAUUUUGCUUGUCCAUUUAUCAAUUGAUGGACAUUUGGGUUGUUUUCACCUAUUGACCAUUAUGAAUAAUGCUGCUAUGAACAUUCAUGUACAAGUUUUUUCUGUGGACACAUGUUUUCAAUUCUCUUGGCUAUAGUACUAUGAGUGGAAUUGCUGGUACAUACAGUAUUUUUAUGUUUAACUUUUUUUUUUUGCUGCUCAUUAGAACAUUUAUUUCUCAGAAAAUAAGUUUAAGACAGUCAUAUUACAGUAAGUAAAACUAACUUUUGUAUUCUUUACAGACAUAGAUUUUUCUCUUUAUUACCUCUCUUAUACCAUCUGUUAGAAACAAUUCUAGAAAGCAAAUAAAGUCACUUUCUACAAUAAAUAGAGCAUCGUGUGCUUCACAGCAGACGUGACUGAGACAUAAGCCCCAUGCCACAGCAGGACCUGAACCGUUUCCCGUUCUAAAAGAGCAGUUUUAAAAAUGAGACUCAGAGAGAGACUGAAAGAUUCAAAGAGGCUGAAAAAAAAAAAGGGAGAGAGAAAGAGACUAAGAAAGUGUUGGGGGGAAGAAAGAGACACACAGAGAGAGAAUGUUUAACCUUUUGAAGAUCUGCCAGACUAUUUUCCACAGCAGCUGUAUGCACCAUUUUACGAUCCUACCAGCAAUGAAUGAGGCUUCCAAUUGCUCCUCAUUCUUAUCAACACUAUCAUUGUCUAUUUGAAUAUAGCCAUCCUAGUGGAUGUGAAGUGGCAUCUCACGGCGGUUUUGAUUUGCAUUUCCCUAAUAACUAACGAGCAUAUUUUCUUGAGCUUAUUAGCCAUUUGCAUAUCUUUGGAAAAAUGUCUAUUCAAAUACCCAUUUUUAAAUUCGGGGAACUAGGAUCCUGCAAGCCUUACAGCGAAAAAAAAAAGGUAUGUGUGCACAAGGUAGGAUAGUUAUUUCAGCGCAGAUUCACUCACAACCCUCACUGGGGGAAAAAUCCAGAGAUAAAUGCCUUACUCAACAGUUGCAUAGUUUUAUUUAGAGAACUGUUAUGACUUAUAACACUGCAACUUAAAAAAAUCUUUUUCUUAAUUUUUAUAAUUUUAAUAUGUUUAUUAGCAGAAAUACAAUUUGUUUUUAAAUUUUGGCUCUGGUAAUUGUAUCCUAAGCAGAGUUUCCAUGGGGAGUAGUGUGUGGGUGUGUGUAUAGUUUAAUAAUUUCUUUUGAAAUAGUUUCAAAUGUAUAGAAAAGUUGCCAGAACAGUACAAAGAACUUCCAUGCUCCUAUUUCCUCUUCACCCAGAUUCUCAUAUAGUUAACAUGUUGUUGGUUCAUUGCUCACUCUUGAGUAUGUGUGUGUGCGCGCAUAUAUCCUUUGUUAUUAGUCUUUUUCUGAAACUUUUGAGGGUUGAGAGAGCAAACUGCAGUCAUGAUGUCCCAUCACUCCUAAACACUCCAGUUGGUAUUUUCCCCCAAACAGGGACACUCUUCUACAUAACAGCAAACAAUCUUCCACACCAGGAAAUCAGUAUUGGUACAACACUACUACCCAAUCUACUAAGCCCAUUCAAAUUUCGCCCACUAUCCCAACAAUGUUUCUUUUCCUUUCUGGGUCAACAUGCUAUACAGGAAUAAGUAUUGCAUUUAGUUGUUGUGUAUCUUCAGACUCCUUUAAUCUGCAAGAGUUGCCAGUCUUUCAUGGCCUUGACAGUUUUAUUAAAGGGUACAGACCUUAGUUUCUACAGGACGGCUUACAACCGAGGUGCCUUGUUUGCAGGAGUACCACAAAAUGAUGCUUUGCUUUUCCCAGUGAGUCUCAUCAGGAGGCACAAAAUGUAGACUCCCUCCCAACACUGGUGAUGUUAACGUUGAUCACUUGGUCAUGCUGGUUUCUUAAAUUCACUGUUUUUCCCUUUGUAAUUGAUUAGUAUUCCAAAAUCAUGCCAGUAUCCUAUUCCUCAUCAAACCUCCACACACCAAUCUUACCACUGAAGACUCAUGUCUAAAUCAUCCACUUCUAUAGUUGGUGCCAAAUGGUAAUUCUCUAUUUCCAUCAUUGGGUUGGCAUUCUACUGUUAGAAAGAGCUUUCCUUUCUCUUCAUUUAUUUAUAUCAAUGUGAACUUGUGUAUUCCUAUUUUAUUCAAUGGAUUGUAAUCCAUUAUUAUCAUUGUUUAUCUUGAUCCUCAAAUUGUCUGUGAUUUGGCCAGGAGCCCCUUCAAGCUGGCUCUUAGCAGUGCAACAUUUUAAAGUUGUAUACUUCUAAGAUUCAUCCAUGUUGUGAAGAGCUGUAGUUCAUUCAUUUUGACUCCUUUGUAAUACGUGAUGUUGUGAAUAUAUAUCAGUGUAUUCAUCCACUCUUCCGUUUGAGUUGUUUCCAGGCUUUUGCCAUUGUAUUUUGCCAUUCCAACUCUAAAGUAAUGUUGAAUUUCAAACGUAUUAAAUUUUUGCAUUAACAUCAUA